GGUGAUGGCGUCGGCACCUACGACGUGAUGUCGACGUUCACCGUUACCAUCUACCAGCCGUGCCUCUGCACGGCCACUAUUCCUGACGGCCGCGGUAGCGGGCCCGGGUCCCUCGGCACGGCGACCCACGACGCGAACAUCUUUGCGACGGGCGACUACGUGAUCCCUGCGAUCCCGUUCACGUUCGCCCCGAACUCGUUCCGCCUCUCUGAGCCCUGCGAUGCGUCCGACCGCGUUCGAUACCGCGGCAAACGCGCGGUCUGA